UUUCCCCUCAACAGUAAGCUCUACAGCCGUUCCUUCCGUGCUGUGUGCUCCCCCUUCUCCCUCAACUUCCUCCAUCCCCAGACGAUCCGACAUGUCUCCUCCCACAGGCAAAGGAAAAGAGUCCAAUACUGCCCGUAUCCUAGGCUCAGGAACUUCAGGCGUUGCUGAGCUGCUCGUUUUCCAUCCUGUGGACACCAUUGCGAAGCGAUUGAUGAGUAACACGUCUCAGGUCUCCUUGUCGACGUUGUCGACCAUCAUCUUCCGCGACAAGGCCACUGCUAGCCUAACCACAAAAUUCAGCUCUCUGUUCCCUGGUCUGGGCUAUGCCGCCGGAUAUAAAGUCUCACAGCGGAUAUACAAGUUCGGCGGACAGCCGUGGUUCAACGACCUCAUCUCUUCGCACUAUGGUACUCAGUUCAGGAAUACGUUCGGAGAGAGGAAGGGAAAACUGAUGAUGCAGGCCACCGCUGGAAGCUUGACGGGUAUUGGUGAAGUCGUCCUACUUCCACUGGACGUCCUCAAAAUCAAACGUCAAGUGAAUCCCGAAGCUUUCCGUGGCCGUGGAAUUCUCCGGAUCGUCAUGGAGGAGAAGGGAGCCCUCUACCGAGGAUGGGGAUGGACAAUGGCGCGGAAUGCUCCGGGAAGUUUCUCUUUGUUCGGUGCUUCCGCCUUUACCAAGGAAUAUAUCCUUGGCGUCAAAGAUUACUCCAAAGCCACCUGGACACAAAAUUUCAUUGCUUCCAUAGCUGGAGCUGUCGCCUCCAUCACCGUCGCCGCACCUUUGGAUGUCAUCAAGACCCGAAUUCAAAAUGCCAACUUUGAGCACAAAACAUCCGGAAUAACCGUCUUCAAGGAUCUAAUACGGAAGGAAGGCCCAAGUGCCUUGUUCAAGGGACUAACUCCCAAGAUUCUGGUCGUCGGUCCCAAACUGGUCUUCAGUUAUACUCUAGCGCAAUCCUUAAUUCCCCUGUUCGCUAAUUACGUUUAGAGUGCUUUUCGUCUUUUCGAGGAGCGUGCUUUCGUAUACAUCUAAUUUAUCUAGGCAAAAUAUAGAUGUAGGACCUUCGUAUGGCCUAUACAGCACCAUUUAUGAAUGUCAUGUCAUAUUACCCUGCUCACCU